UAGACCAUGGAAGCUUUGUCUCACGAUCAAACUCCCGCGUCUCAUCCCUCACUUGCACCUCAGAUCUAUCUCUCGACUGAAAUAUCGUAAAACACUGUCCUAGCCACCGAGAAGUCGUGUGUACCGUCAUGGCUAGUUUGACCAGUCUCUUGGGUCAAGGACAAUUGGCAUCCCUGCAAAUUUUGGGAGGAUCGCGAGCCACCACAGCAGUCGGGCAAUCGUCUCGCAGCAGGGUCGUCGUGAUGUCGGCUUCGCCCUGCAUCAAGCAGAGGGAUGUGGAGCCUGAGACUUCGGGGAGGCGCACUAUGCUCAUGAGUACGUUGCUGAUGGCGGGAAGCUUACUAGCUGUGGGCCAGUCCGAAGCAGCCAUGCAGAAAAUCGAAGGAGGAAAGCGCGAGACCCAGGAGGCCUUCACGAGGGGCAUCACCGAGCCGUCAAAUCUGAGUGCUGCUAAGAGCAACACCAUUCAAGAAUCAGCGAGGUCAAACGCCCAGGCAUCGGGGGGCGUAAUUCUGGGAGCUGCAAAAGAUACUCCUCGCGGGGCGUACAGGACCUCGCAAACUACCGACGAGAAAACAUCUGAGCCCGGAGUUACGAAGAUGUCACAGCCCGAAAACCUUCUGAAGAAGCGCGCCGAAGCAGCUGGGCAAUGAGGCCAUCAGCCAGGAUUCUGAGGCUGACUAUUUGACGACAAUCCUUUGUACUUUAUUACAAUCCUUCGCCGACUACGACCCAAACAGGGCCGUCAUGGAAAUUUCCCCAAAAAGUAGUAUCAGUAAUGAGGAGGACGUUGCUGCUUUGUCGGUGCUAGCCAUAAAGCAGAGCUCGUGUAUUCCAUGUGUGCGCUACGCAAUCACUUCUUCUUUGCUGGAUCGUACUUUCCCGGUCAUGUCAGCGUCCAAUAAAUGCCGGUUGGACAAUUCAGCGUCUAAUCUUAUGCCA